GAAAUUGAAUCAACUCAAGUUAAUAUUGAUUACAUUUCUUUGAUCAACUGACGUAUUUUAAGUUAAAUUAAAUUAAAUUAUUCUUUUUCUAUUUUGUUAAUCCUCUUUUCUUACAAAUUAAUCUUUUUCUUCAUCAUGUCACUUAAACCUCAUUUUCUCACCUGUACAGGUCACACUAGACCAGUGGUUUUCCUUAAUUUCAGUGGAAUAACUAAUGAUGGUAAAUAUUACCUAAUUUCUGCUUGUAAAGAUGGUAAACCCAUGUUACGACAAGGUGAAACAGGUGAUUGGAUUGGAACAUUCGAGGGACACAAAGGAGCCGUUUGGGGAGCUGCUCUUAAUAGUAACGCGUCCAGAGCGGUGACCGGUGCUGCUGAUUUCACGGCUAAACUUUGGGACUCCGUUCGUGGUACUGAAAUAGCUUCACUUGCUCACCGACACAUCGUAAAAUCGGUUUCUUUCAGUUCAGAUGAUACAAAACUUGUCACUGCCUCAAACGAGAAGCUACUACGAGUCUAUGACUUAAAUCAGUUAACUUCAGAGCCAAUCAACAUCGCUGGUCACACUGCAUCAAUUAGACAAGCUCUGUUUCUCAACAAUGAUAAAUGGUUGAUUUCUGCCUCUGAGGAUAAAUCAAUUCGCAUAUGGGAUCUUAAAAAUUCCAAAGAAAUUUACAGAAUAGAAUUUCCUAAUGUUCCAAAUGAUAUUGAACUCUCCUGGGAUCGUAAUUUACUUACAGUAGCCUCAGGAUCUACUGUUACUUUUUAUGAGUUAACCGCUUUCACCAAAAUCAAGGAAUACACAAUUCCCACUCAGGUUUACACGGCCACCUUAUCACCCAAUCAGGAUGUUUUUGUCUGCGGUGGUCAAGAUUUUACUAUGUACAAAUAUAAGUUUGAUAGUGGAACAGAAAUAGAUUCUUUCAAGGGACAUUUUGGUCCAUUACAUUGUAUCCGAUUCUCUCCUGAUGGUGAACUUUAUUCAAGUGCCAGUGAAGAUGGAACAAUUAGAUUGUGGCAAACGGUUGUUGGUAAAAAUUACGGUCUCUGGAAAUACGAGCAGUGAACACACACAAAACUAACCAGCCAGAACAUUAAUCAUAAUUAGAAUUAUGAUUUAUCAUCAUUAUACAAAUUAACAUGUUAAAGUGUUAAAAUUGACCCGCAACUCAAUCAAAUUCAAAGAUCGUAUAUUGUAAAUGCACAAUAAACAAAUUUCAAGUCAAGCCAAUAGUGGGAAACAACUUCAAUCAUAUAAUCAGAAAGUUGGACCAGUUUAUCAUUAAGAUCUCCCAAAUUCUCAAUUUAAAUGGUCAAACGGGUGAUAAAGUUUAAACUAAAUGUCCAAUCGAACGUCCAAAGAAACGAAAAUGUCAACCAAAUGAAGAUCUACAAACACAAUUGUCUUUCAUCUCAAUAAUCACAAAGAAAAAGCUUUAUUUUUGUAUACAUUUAGAUAUUGUGUUUUUUUUAUAUCCCAAAGAAAUGUAAUUAACAACAGAUAAUCUCCUCUGGUAAUUAACUAAAGUCUCAACAUAAUGAAAAUUUUUUGCAAUCAUAAGAAAAAGAAACAAAAUCAUCGAAAAACAAUCAGAAACAAAAAUUAAAUUACUUUUUCAAAAGAAAAACAAA